UUUACAAAAUUUAUUUUGUUAAAUCCUUUUUAAGGUCAGGAUACUCUUGUUUAUCAGUUUCUGUUAUAUUCUAGGGGGAGCUUUGUGCCCACUAGAUGGCGAUUGUACUGGGCUGGCUGACAAAGCUGAAACUACCAAAGCAAUAAUAGCAGCACAACCAGCAGAUCCACCAGCUUAAUGUUUCAUGAACAUAAAACAGAAACGGGAAAAGUGUCUUUUAUCCCAAAAUAGCUUUUUUUCCACUUUCUGAUGUAUAAUUAACUUUAAAUAGAAAAACUGGAUGCAUGUUCUAAAAUGAUCCUGGUUAAACAAGAACCAUUGGUGAACAGUGUGUACAAAUAUGUGCCCUGGGUUCAGUUAUUUCACAGAGAAACUGGCUGUGUAUUCUGAAGGAGAAGGGAGUGGCUUGGCUUGUGACAUGGCAGGAAAUUUCUUAACGCGGGUAAGUUCUCUCCUUCCCCCCUUUUCUUUCGUGAACGCUGCAGAGACCUUAAUGGCUGACUGAAAGGCACAUUUUAAACGUGCUCCCCCUCAACAACUUUGUGAACUCUUGCCCUUUUUCUUCUUUUCGUCAGACAAGUCAACACUUCUGUGUGUGUGUGCCUGGAGAGGUGAGCGUUUAAAGUACAAGUCAAGCUUCAAAGUCUCUCAAUUUGCGACUACGGGAACCAGAACAAACUUCAGAAGAUGAACGGACUCAACCAAGCUGAUCACUUUGAUGAUUUGGCCUCUGAGAUGGAGCUUCAGAAGAUGAAUGGACAUGGUGGACACAGCCGGGACGAUGGGUUCGACGAUUUGGCCGAACAAGAGGACAAUCUGCUGAAUAAAACCGGCGUCAAGAAGGAAAUCCACUUCACGGACUUCGAGGGGAAGACCUCCUUCGGCAUGUCCGUCUUUAACCUCAGCAACGCCAUAAUGGGCAGUGGAAUUCUGGGACUGGCCUUUGCCAUGUCCAACACCGGAAUCAUUCUUUUUCUAAUCCUGCUGGUGUCGAUCGCCUUGCUGUCAGCGUAUUCCAUCCACCUCCUGCUGAAAAGUGCUGGAGUUGUCGGCAUCCGGGCCUACGAGCAGCUCGGCCUGCGAGCUUUUGGGCAGCCGGGGAAAAUGAUUGCGGCUGGAAUCAUUACAAUGCAUAAUAUUGGAGCGAUGUCCAGUUACCUCUUCAUCGUCAAGUCGGAGCUGCCGCUGGUCAUUCAGACGUUCCUCGGUAAACAUGUAAACACAGGAGAGUGGUUCUUGAAUGGAAACUACCUGAUCAUCAUCGUCAGCAUCGCCAUCAUUCUUCCUCUCGCACUGAUGAAACAUCUGGGUUACCUGGGCUACACCAGCAGCUUCUCGCUCUCCUGCAUGGUGUUCUUCCUCAUCUCUGUUAUCUACAAGAAGUUCAACAUACCCUGUCCCCUGGACGAUCAGACCCAUAACACUACGUCAGCGACGGCCGUACACGCUGUUUUUAAUAGCACGAGUGACUUCUGUGAGGCCAAGCUGUUUACAGUCAACUCACAGACGGCGUACACCAUCCCCAUCCUGGCCUUUGCCUUCGUCUGCCACCCGGAGGUGCUGCCCAUCUACACUGAGCUCCGGAAUGCCACCAAGAAGCGCAUGCAGAGGGUCGCCAACAUCUCCAUCCUGGCCAUGUUCGUCAUGUACCUGCUGACGGCCAUUUUCGGUUACCUCACCUUCUACGGUGCCGUGGAGUCGGAGCUGCUGCACGUCUACAGUCGCGUGGACCAGCUGGACGUGCUGAUCCUGUGCGUGCGUCUGGCCGUGCUGGUGGCCGUCACCCUGACCGUCCCCGUGGUUCUCUUCCCUAUCCGCAGGGCUUUGCUUCAGAUCUUCUUCCCCGAUAAGCCGUUUCACUGGGCCAGACACGUCGUCAUUGCAUUUUGCCUCAUCUUCAUGGUCAACAUACUCGUUAUAUUUGUGCCGUCCAUCCGCGACAUCUUCGGCCUCAUUGGAGCCACAUCUGCCCCCAGUCUCAUCUUCAUCCUACCUGGAAUCUUCUACGUCCGGAUUAUUCCUAAAGAAAAGGAGCCUUUGUUCUCCAGACCCAAAAUCCAGGCUGCAGUUUUCGCCGCGCUGGGAUUCGUUUUUAUGGUUAUGAGCUUGUCCUUUAUAAUCAUCGACUGGGUGACCGGAGAGUCCCGCAGUGGAGGUGGCCACUAGCUGCACAGAGAUCCUAGAACAAUGCCAAUCAGAGAUCUCCCUGUCACUCAAUUACCCCUGAUCUGCCAAGACCUCACCCUAAACCAAAAAAAGGAAAUGCCAAGAACAUGUGAAGAACCUCCACCUACGACCAAAACAGAACAGGUCUGAAAGUGUGGAGAGCUCAAUGUGUUCUGACUGAAUAACACAUCAGUGCGAUGGCCUGGAGUCAGGAUGUUUUGAGGAUGUGUUCAAAAAAGCAAAAGACACAAAUGGAGUAACUGCACAAAGGGGUGAAUGGGAAGAGAGUGACUCAAAUGGAAAUCCCGUUUUAGAGCAGAUGUGUAAUAACCUCCAGUCGUUCCAGUGAACCUCCCAGUUUGCUUCCUCGUUUACAUCAGCAGGUUUUACGCAUUUAUUCAUUUCAAAGCCGUUCAUUUCUCAUGCUAUUGUUCAUUUCGGUCAAACAGACAUUUAGUUUUUUUAGCUUUUGAGCCAUUCCCUCAUCGGCCUCAUCAGUCAAAUGUGUUGGUGCAGCUCACAGACUCAUGUCAUGACAUGAGCCACGCAGGUCAAUCUGCCGUUUCACGCAUUUCAGUGAUUCACGUUACACUUCCAAAGACCUGUACAUUCCGUUCAACCCACGUUGGGGUGAUUCCCUGCGAUGCUGAGUCUGAGGUCGUGGAGCAUUUUGAGUUUUUUUGUUGUCUGCUGCUAUUCAUGAAGGUCGAACACACAGUUACCGUCAGUCACGUGAGAGUCAACACAUAGAACAGUGGUUUGGUUAAAAUCUUUUAUGUGUCCCUAAAACAUCCACAGUUGCAAACCAAAGAUUAUAUUUAUUGUGUCAUAAAGCUUGUAACACUAUUUUUUAUCAUCUUUGGCAAAGGCCAGUUAAAGUCAGUUUUUAAGUCAGUGUUAAAAAUACUACAACAGUACGGUGAAGUUUAAAGUCAAAUCAAUGGAUCUUUAUGUUUUUAAAAUAUUUGUUUUACCUGUACAUUUAAAUUAAUUUGACUGUUAUGUGUCAAUAAAAUAUCCGUAAUUUCUAUGUA